AUGAACAACUCCCAACACCACCAGUAUCCGACCAACAACACUUCUUCGGCGCAAGAGACUCGCAUUCUUACCACCUUUCCAGCCGAGGACCUUCCGGAACCGCGCGUCGAAGAGCUCCGCCGAGAUGAAGUUCUUUAUCCACCCCCCGCUCCGGGCGACUUUCCUUUCCACCUGCGCAUCCCUCUUCUGACCCAACUAAACCGAUGGUUCUGCUGUCAAUGUGCAACCAGAGCGAUCCACUCCCUGCAGAACAAUGAAUACAGAGGCCUCGACAAGAUCGGCAUGGUGAACAACAAAACGUUUGAUCGCUGUCACGACCCUGCCUGCUCUCAUAUUCAAUGCGCCAACUGUGCCCUCGGACCUGGAUUUGGCGGUCUUUUAUUAUUCAACAGCUUGCUCCCUCCCGUCGGGGGUAGAGGAGUCCAUAUGCAGGGACCAACCGUUGUCCGAACCGUUGCCGGCCUACAUGCUCAUCCUUUCCAUAUCGACCCAUGCCACUGGGAAUGUGCCUGUCGUGAGUGGAUAAGCAAUGUGUUUGAUUCCCGUUGUACGAUGCACCUGACAAGGCCGGAUAGCGUGGUGCUGAAUCGGUAUGGACAACGGUUGGGUACGGCGGAUCAGCGAGUUGUCGAGAAAAAUGGUCCAUGGAUGGUGCAGAGACAAGGUUUGAGUAUGGUACCUGAGAGGAGUCAGAGAGAUAAAGGAAAGGGGGUAGUACCUCCGGGACGUCCACCGCCGGCACCAACCGGACCGCCCACAGCGGUGUUGCUGGAUGUGUUUAGACUAGGGACUGCUGGGUACGCGGGCGAUGAGAUGGAUAUUUGUGAGGAUGAGGCUGAGAAAAUACCGGUGUGGAAGCCAGGAUGUCCGGCGCCGAGGUACAGACGCAGACGAGCGCCGCCGCCGCCACCACCACUCGAUAAACCAGAGGAAGUUGCCAGGUAUCUGUCAGAAUAUUUGGCCAGCAUUCCACGUGGAUCUCCUCAGCCUAUGUUAAUGGCCAGCGCGGCUAGAGGAGACUUGUCGCGACCCGGGUUGGUGAUGAUGAGUGGAAGAAGAGAAGACAACGAAAGUCGAAGUCCAUUUCAGGGGGCAGGGUUCAGCCAUCCUCCGAGAUCAGGUCACCAUUCUGGACAUCGCCCACUGUCGGUCGGGGUAACCGCAACCACGCCAUCGACAUCAACGAGGUCUUUUGGGGUUUCAGGUGCCAGUGACGGCCGGAUAAGCAAUGGGUGGCAUCGGAUGUAA